CCAUUCAAUGUGGUCAAAAUGGCGGCUCACUGGCUGUAAAGGGUCGUGCUGGAAAGUCAGCUUUAUGAUUCAAGAACAUGUAUAAAACGCCAUGUAGCAGACUAUCAGGCUUUGUUGGUGUAAAUGUGAAGCAAAAAUUAUCUCAGAUUGCUCCUCGGUGUAAUCAAACGGCUCGCAGCCUUUUUCAUGUGCACAGAAGAGAUCCUUCAAACUGGCUGACGUAUCAGCAUCUCAGCUUUCUAAAGCGGCAGUAUGUAGCAAAAAACAACAGUGAGCUUCACCAACGUGCCGUCCCCAAACAAACUCAUGUUCAGACCGUUGARGAUGAAAGAGAUGACGGCGUCGAAAGGCAGGUGGAGAGAAUCCCACCUGUUAAUCCUGCUCCGCAGUCGGAGGAUGUCAGCAGGAAGCCACGGCCUGGAACCUCCACCUCGGAGCUCAUCGCAGGAAAUGCAGCAGCGCAGGAAGGCUCUGAGUCCCGUCCCGCUGCAGCUCCAGAUGAAACUCCGCACGUUCAAGUUGAGACCGAGGACGUGAGGCAGGGACGUCUCGACAGACAGUGGAAGCAGCUGAAAUUUGAUGCGUCUGAGUUACCAGAUAUCUACGCUAAACUCUCCAAAAUAAAACUCACAGCCCUGGUGGUUUCAACUGCAGCAGCUGGCUUUGCGAUUGCUCCGGUGGCCUUUGAUCCCAUCAUCUUUGUUGUGUCUUCUCUGGGAACAGGCCUCGCAUCCUGUGCUGCCAAUUCAAUUAACCAG